GGAGAGCGAGGACGCCGCCGCCAUCGUCGUCCACGGCCGCAGAUCUCGCGCCCGCGCCGUCAGCGGCGUCGGCGGUGGGAAUGUGUGAGCGCGGGGCAGCGGCGAGCCGAGCAGGCGGUGGCGGGCGGAGCGGGCACGACGCCGAAGACAACUUCUUCCCGCGCCGGCGCCGCCGGGCGCCUCUCCCAUCUCAAGCGUCGCAGCCGUCGCCGCCUUCCUUCUUCCGUGUCGCCGCCGCCGCCUCCCGGGCCUGUCAAAUGGUCCGACCCCGAGGUCGCAUGCGCCGCCGCCGUCGCCGCCGGCGGUGGCCGCCGGACCUCCUCCCCACCCGCCAGCCGCCCUGUAGAGAGGAAAGAAGUCAGAGAAAGAGAUGAGGAAGGAAGAGAAGAGGGGAGAGAUAACCUGACAUUCUGACAUGUGGGACCCGCGUGGGUUGCACGCUGACUCAGCCGCCACGUCAGAUAAAACCGGGAGCAAAACCACCGGAGGAUCUAAACUAACGAUUUUAUUAGUUGAGGGACACCCGGUAUCUGGUUUUGCGGUUAGGGGACCAUUUUGUAACUCGAUGACAAGUUGAGGGACCUUCGGUGUACUUUUUCCAUUAGAUUUCGAUUAGUUUUGAGGUUCAAAGUGAACUUAUUCCUUUUAUCUUUCGGGCCAAAUAUUCAUGGGCCUUUAUGGAUCCAAAUUCUUUUGGGCUAUUCCUACUCAGUAUUCUACUUAUUUGAUGGGCCAAAAGGCCGCAAAUUCGCCGCCGUGAAGCUCUGGAUGCUGUUUCUCUCUCUCCUUCCUCGGCGCACCCGGCCGCCGGCCAUCCACCGCCGUCGCAUCCACCGGCCGCCGCCACGCCUCCUCCUCGCCACCACUUCCUCCUCCUGCCGCGUAACCACUACCGCCUCCACGCAACAAUGCCCUCCAUCUACUCUCGCCCUCCUCGCCGACCACCCGCACCCGGCCGUCGCGGAGUUCCCGCGCGCCGGCUUCUCCCGCCUCGGCGACCACCCCCUCCUCGCCCGCGCCAUCCACGGCCUCGCCGUCCGCCUCGCACUCCCGCUCAGCGCCUUCCACCGCAACACCCUCCUCGCCUUCUACUUCCGCCAACGGGAUGCCUCCGCCGCCGCCGCCGCGCUCCACCUGUUCGACGAAAUGGCCGACCGGACCCCAUCCACCUGGUACACCGCCGUCUCCGGCUGCGUCCGCUGCGGACGCGACGGGACGGCCUUCGAGAUGCUCCGCGGUAUGCGGGAGCGUGGCGUCCCGCUCAGCGGGUUCGCGCUCGCCAGCCUCGUCACCGCGUGCGAGCGCCGGGGCCGGGACGAGGGCAUCGCGUGCGGCGCCGCCAUCCACGCGCUCACCCACAGGGCCGGGCUCAUGGGCAACGUCUACAUCGGCACGGCGCUCCUGCACUUGUAUGGCUCCCGUGGGAUCGUGUCCGAUGCGCAGAGGUUGUUCUGGGAGAUGCCCGAGAGGAAUGUCGUGUCGUGGACAGCACUGAUGGUGGCAUUGUCAUCCAAUGGUUACCUGGAAGAGGCAUUGAGAGCUUACCGUCAGAUGAGGAGGGAUGGGGUCCCAUGCAAUGCAAAUGCGUUCGCGACAGUGGUCAGCUUGUGUGGAUCGCUCGAGAAUGAGGUGCCUGGGCUUCAGGUUGCUUCCCAGGUCAUUGUCUCUGGACUCCAAAACCAGGUCUCUGUGGCGAAUUCGUUGAUUACCAUGUUUGGCAACUUGGGAAGGGUGCAUGAUGCUGAGAAGCUCUUUGAUCGAAUGGAGGAACAUGAUACUAUUUCAUGGAACGCGAUGAUAUCGAUGUACUCACAUCAAGGAAUCUGCAGCAAAUGUUUUCUGGUGUUUUCAGAUAUGCGUCAUCAUGGAUUAAGGCCUGAUGCAACAACCCUGUGCAGCUUGAUGUCUGUCUGUGCCUCCUCAGAUCAUUUCAGCCAUGGAAGUGGAAUUCAUUCCCUGUGUCUCAGGAGCAGUCUGGAUUCAUCAGUAACAGUAAUUAAUGCUCUGGUUAAUAUGUACUCUGCUGCUGGAAAAUUGAGUGAUGCUGAGUUUCUGUUCUGGAACAUGAGUAGAAGGGACCUAAUAUCAUGGAACACUAUGAUUUCAUCCUAUGUGCAGAACUGUAAUAGCACCGACGCGUUGAAGACACUAGGUCAGUUAUUUCAUACAAAUGAAAGCCCAAAUCACCUGACAUUUUCCAGUGCUCUAGGAGCAUGUUCAAGUCCAGGAGCCUUGAUAGAUGGCAAAAUGGUUCAUGCCAUCGUAUUGCAGUUGAGUCUUCAGAGAAAUCUACUGGUUGGUAAUUCUCUCAUCACGAUGUAUGGGAAAUGCAAUUCUAUGGAAGAUGCUGAGAAAGUUUUUCAGUCCAUGCCGACUCAUGAUAUUGUCAGCUACAAUGUACUUAUUGGUGGCUACGCAGUACUUGAGGAUGGUACAAAGGCAAUGCAAGUAUUUUCUUGGAUGAGAAGUGCAGGGAUAAAGCCAAAUUACAUUACAAUGAUAAAUAUCCAUGGUUCUUUCGCAUCUUCAAAUGAUCUGCAUAAUUAUGGAAGGCCCUUACAUGCAUACAUAAUACGCACUGGAUUUUUGUCAGAUGAGUAUGUUGCUAACUCUCUAAUCACAAUGUAUGCAAAAUGUGGCAAUUUAGAGUCAAGCACUAAUAUAUUCAAUAGUAUCACCAACAAAAACAUUGUUUCAUGGAAUGCCAUAAUAGCAGCGAAUGUCCAACUUGGCCAUGGAGAGGAAGCUCUAAAGCUCUUCAUUGAUAUGCAGCAUGCUGGAAACAAACUUGAUCGUGUUUGCCUAGCUGAAUGUCUGUCAUCCUGUGCAAGCCUCGCAUCAUUAGAAGAAGGCAUGCAGCUACAUGGUCUUGGUAUGAAAUCUGGGCUGGAUUCAGACUCAUACGUUGUUAAUGCUGCAAUGGAUAUGUAUGGGAAAUGUGGAAAGAUGGAUGAAAUGUUGCAAGUGGUUCCUGACCAAGCCAUUCGACCUCAACAAUGCUGGAAUACGCUGAUAUCUGGUUAUGCAAAAUAUGGGUAUUUCAAGGAAGCUGAGGAAACAUUUAAGCAAAUGGUUGCAACGGGUAGAAAGCCAGACUAUGUAACGUUUGUUGCUCUACUCUCAGCUUGUAGUCAUGCUGGUCUAGUAGACAAGGGUAUAGAUUACUAUAACUCUAUGGCUUCUUCCUUUGGUGUUUCCCCUGGAAUAAAACAUUGUGUAUGCAUAGUGGAUCUUCUCGGACGCUUAGGUCGGUUUGCAGAGGCAGAGAAAUUUAUUGAAGAAAUGCCAGUCUUACCAAAUGAUCUGAUAUGGCGGAGUUUGUUGUCCUCUAGUAGAACCCACAAAAAUCUUGAAAUUGGGAGGAAAACCGCCAAAAAGCUUCUUGAAUUGGAUCCAUUCGAUGAUUCAGCUUAUGUUCUUCUGUCAAACUUAUAUGCUACAAAUGCAAGAUGGGCGGAUGUUGACAAAUUACGAAGUCACAUGAAAACCAUCAAUAUAAACAAAAGACCAGCUUGCAGUUGGCUUAAGCUUAAGAAUGAAGUAAGCACCUUUGGUAUUGGUGACCGGGGUCAUAAGCAUGCAGAGAAGAUCUACGCAAAGUUAGAUGAAAUGUUGCUGAAACUCAGGGAAGUAGGUUAUAUUGCUGACACAUCAUCUGCACUGCAUGAUACAGAUGAAGAGCAGAAGGAGCAGAACCUUUGGAACCAUAGUGAGAAACUUGCGUUGGCAUAUGGCCUUAUCGUUGUCCCAGAAGGAUCUACAGUAAGAAUAUUCAAGAAUCUCAGAGUCUGUUCAGACUGUCAUCUGGUAUUUAAGCUGGUUAGCAUGGUUUUUAAUAGGGAAAUUGUGUUGAGAGACCCAUAUAGGUUUCACCACUUCAAAGUAGGAUCAUGUUCUUGUUCAGAUUUUUGGUGAGAUAGUCGUCCACAAAUGGGCUAUUGGUUCAAUGUUUAAGUUUGAGCAUGCCUACAGAAGAUCCUUCCACACCCCAAAGGACACAGAACAAAAAAUGAUAAAGAUGAGAAAUUAACUCCUAUCUCCCUUUGCAUGGGAACAGUGAUUGUCAUUACUGCGCAUAUAUUUCAUAGUAGAGUCGGUGCAAUGACAACAAUGGGAUAAUGUUGACCACAUCUUUUGCUUUUGGACAAUGUUGUCACACUGAUUCAUGGUAUCAUACUGGUCUUCUUUUCAUGUUGUGCAAGGAUCAGCAGUUAACACCUCUAGUAGCAUUGAUGCUUGUUUGGAACCUUCGAUGGUACUUGGCUGCACGAAUCCUUUUAGGAUUUACAAAAAUUAUAUCCUGGGGAAGUGUUAACUGACACAUAGAUCAAGAUUAUGCUAAUUUGAUUUCGGACCCUAGCUCUGAGGUGAGACGCAACUGGAUGAAACCACUGGAUGAGUGACAGCUCUGAUAUAUAGUAUAAUCAUCUCUUUGGUGAUCUCUGGUCGCAGCAGAAGCGCGGCAGUUCAAUUAUCCUGGACGAGCGCCGUGGUGGUCCUGGCAGUUCAAUCACCGAAAGGAGACAGUACGAGCAAGAAACAACUGGUUUCAUCAAAGGUUUGCUACUCAGAUUUGGUCUGUCCAUUACACUAGACUACAAGUUUUGGAGAUCUGAUUCUACCAGUUCAGUGUGGGCACGCAAGCUGAGCACACAUGUAUAGUACAUAAGUACAUUUGGGGAUCGAAGGAGCUCGUGCUGCAACAGUAAUAACAUGAUCAUGAGGAGAUCAGACGGCGACCAAGAUGUAGACGAAUUAAACAUGACAUCACAUUUUUGUUCUCUCCCCUCGUAAGUGCGUACAACUCGGCGGUGCAUUAAUACAGUACUACUAGUACGUAACUACCACUUUGUUCAUAGAUCAUGGUCCAUGAUUAUAGAUUCAUGGCCCAUGAUGAUAGAUUGCUUUGCAGCGUAUGGGCUAAUGGAGAUGUGAUGGCUGGUGCUGAAAUGCUCACCUCAACUACUGAACUUUGAAUGCACAGCACUACUACUACAAGUCAAGUAGACUCCUGUUCGUUGUACUACGUGGUCACCGGAAUUAGCAGGGGCAGGCAGAGUCCACCAUGAUCAGGAAGCUCAAGCAUCGUAGGCUGAUGAACUCUGAGCCGACAUGAACGCAACCAAGCAAAGCAGAUCAGUGUGCAUUGCAGGUCGACGAUCGACGUCGAAUGCAUGGGUCGAUGGCCGCUGUUUUCAUUGGGGUCGUUGUUUGCUUGAGAUAGAGUGUGAUACAUUUACUUCCUUUCCCUCUGAGAUAGGCGUCAAUCUAUGCAUGAAUGUCAUGACAGUGAGAGGUUCUUGAUUAAUUAGUUUUAUGCUAGAAAAUGAUUGUGCAACGAUCCUUAUGAAGUUAUGAUCCAUUAAUCGCUUCCACCGUCUUUUUGUUAGGCACCAUAGAUAAUUGCCUGACAAUGAUUA